AUGAUUGCGUUUGAUGAUGAUUUAACCGAGAAAUCUAGCGAUAAAGAGUGGAAAGGUUUCACUGUUUUCCCCGAAGAAAAUCCUAGCCCUAACCCUAGUUUCAAUUUCUUGGUCAAGAAGGCAAUUAUGCAAAGCGAGAAAUCAACCGGUCCUAUUUUCUCCCGUUCGUCGGCAAGAGACGACAACUUCAGAAUGGUGUUGCCACCGGCAAUGCCUCCGCCUAGAGACUCCGCGGUUCCGCUUCCUAUGCUCCCGGAGCCGAUGAGAGUUCGGAAGAAACUUAGCCACCAAGAAUCAGUCCUCUUCACGAGGAAAUCUCGUUACUCAGAGAAAAUCCUCUACAAGGAAGAAGAUUUCAAAUGUAACGCAUUCUGCUUGUCUUUACCUGGAUUCGGGAAACAAAAGCCAGUUAACGUUAGAUCUUCUUUGAAACGUCAAGACUCGAUGGAGAAGAAGAUGAUCAGAGCGUCUUCCUUCACGCAUUCAACCGUUUCCAUACGCGCAUCGCUCGAGAAAUUCGAAUGCGGUUCUUGGGCCUCGACGACGGCCCUGACGCAGGAAAACGUCCGGUCUUAUUACGAUUUCCCGGUGGAGAUGAUGAAAUGCAACAGUAGAGGAGGAGGAAAUGGAGGAACAGAUGUGCAAGAACCGGUGACUUCUGGAUUCUUGUUCGAUAGAGAAACAGAGACUUUGGCUCUGAGAAGCGUUUUAAAGACGAGAAGUUCACGGUCGUCGGGAAGAGAUCACCAGAGAUCCGCUGAGACUUCACCACUACGCCGCGUAAGAUUUUCUACUACUUCGUCGGCUUCGGUUUCUUGCCCUACUUCGCCGCGUUCUUGCAUCACCCCACGGUUACGUAAGGCUAGAGAUGAAUUCAAUACUUUCUUGUCCGCACAAAACGCAUGA